UCUGUUUGCCUUUAUGUGUAUGUGUGUGUAGUCGGCUGGGAGAAAUGAACAUAUAGCGACCAUUCAUUACAUUGUAAACAAUGUAAAAGAUUACCACAGUGUGUUGGUAGAGGCGUUUGCCAAUAUCCUGGCUGUGGUGUGUGUUAUUUCCAUGGGGAGAUGACGGAGGCCUUGUUAGACCCUAUGAAAAAUCAGACGGAUAUAACCAAAUCAAAUGGACUUGGAACAAUAUCUGAUGGAAAGGAGAAACUUACGAAAACUGAGGCUCGAUCAUUUGUGAACUAUUUUGAAUAAACGCGCGAGAGUUGUCACUGAGAGUAGGUUGACAGGGACUUCUCCCCCGUUAACAGUGAUUUGCUGAUAGCAAACUGGUUCCUUGGAUACAGCCGGGUCCCCUUCUGGCCCUUGCCUGUGUGUGUAUGUGUGUGCCCUGCCUCACAUGUUUGUGUAGAUUAGUGUUCUAGACCAUUCAAGAGUAACAGAGCUCUGAUUUUAUUGUGACAAUUCAGAAUCAUUUAUUGAAAAAACAAAGCUCUCUGGGUAUAAUGUUAUGAUGUAGUAUGAGUGUGCGCUACAUCAUACAUGUGCAUGCAGGAUUUACGGGCCAAUGAAGUAGGGAGUUUGGAUUUUCAUAUUUGAAUUUAACAUGUUGAAGAGUUCUUGGAAAAAAAUUAAAGUCCAUUACCCAAAGGAUGAGCCGCGGAAAACAAAGGAGGAACUUGAUGAGUUGGUGAAGUCCCCGAGAGAAGACUACAGAUACAAGAAAGAUGAACUUUUCAAGCGUAUGAAAGUGACAACAUUUGUUCAACUGGUCAUACAAGUUGCAGAGGUUCAUCAGAAAGAAUUAGCUGAAAAUUUCCCAGAUUUAGCGUCACCUCGGCCAGGUUCAGGAGAUACAGUGGACAAUGAAAUAGCCCGUAUACAGGGCGGGGUGACCAGUCCCGCCCCCUCACUGGCCAUCACGGAGGGGGACUUUGGUCCUGGUGACCCUCCUGACACUGCAAGGUCUACUCUGCAGAGUGUAAUCAAGGGAGUUGGAGAGGUGGACCUGAAUGCCCCCACCACCGCCCCUCCGCCAGCCAGUAACCUCACUGCUGACGACUUCAACCCCUACCUGGUCCUGGACGUCCGAGAUGUGGACGCUUACAAUGACUGUCACAUCAUUUCAGCUCUCAGUUUCCCCAGUGCCAUGCUGUCCAGAUCUUGUAACUAUGAGUCCAAAGAGCUCUUAGCUUAUAGAAAUCAGCCUGGUAAAAUAAUUGUUAUAUAUGACGAUGACGAGAGGAUAGCUCCCCAUGUUGCCACGGUGAUGGUAGAGAGGGGGUACGAAAAUCUCUUCAUGUUGUCUGGAGGUCUGAAGUUUGCGUAUGCUAACUUCCCCCGUGGUCUAAUCACAGGGACACCCCCGCCAGUGGUGCAGCCACAGAGGCCUAAACAGGCAGAGAAGGCCUCACAGAGGUACUUCCAUCGUGCUGAUGUAGACAUGCUCAUGGAGUCUCUGGACAACGCACUCAUGGACAAGAGUACAGGAAGUCGUCUUACAAAAGCAAGUACAGCAUCUAGCAGGAUGGGCAGCGUGUCACAAAUGACAAACCGUUCUCUGAAAUCCAGCAUCGACACAGCUAGGCACAGUAAACCGUUUAAACCUUAGGCUAAAUUAGGGACAGCUGACAGGUAUAAAAUGACUGUACAAAAACUACAGCAAAAUGAACAGCACUAUUGUUUGUAGCCUGCAGCAGUAAUCAUAAUUAACUAACACGGGAAGUUUUAAAACCCUGUAGAAACAGGUACAACAGCUGAUACAUUUGAGAGUUGAAGACUGGGAAGUGGUCUGAGACCAUGACUUUGUAAAGAUUCAAACAUUUAGGGAAGAUACCAUUGAACCGGUGGAAUUCCCCAUUUGCCAAAUCAAAUAUGACAGAUUAAGCCUUCACCUCUACCCUCUACCUUUUGUCCAAAGUUUGGACUAUGUUCAUUGUGAUUUGUUUCUCGGCACUGGAAAAAUAACCAUUUGCAUGAUUGAAAAUUUGCCUUGCAACAAGUGCAAUGGGUGCAAGCUGUAGAGGAAAGAAAAUAGUUUUUUUUUUUUUUUUUUUUUUUAAACAAUUCUGGGUCUGCCCCAGUGCUGUGUAGUUGUGUAUCUAAACUCAACAUGGGACCACCACUGUCAAGAUUUCUAAACCCAAUGGAAGAACUACAGUCAUAUCAGGAUUGGCUGUUACAGUAUUAGAUACAAUAUAAACACUACAAAAUGCCUGACAGAAGUUCAUUGUGGCGAUAAAACUACAGGACUUGAAAAUUCUUUCACAAGUUGCAUGAAUCUGUACAAUUUAUAUGACAAAUGUAGCAUGAAGUAACCUUAACAGAUACAUACUUGAUAAGUUUUUGUGAUGAUUGAAUGACUUGAAGUACUCAAAACAUACUGUUAAGUUGACCAGCAUCAUUAUUAAUUUCCUUUCUUCAUUGGAGAGAAAUAGCAUCCCUGCUCUCUUGUCAUUGUUGCUCACAAGGAAUCGUGUAUCAUGAUUUGAAUGUGUACAGUCAUAGUAGUACUUCUGCAUGGAAUGAUGCCCUACUGUUUGUAUUGUAUUGUACUGUAAUGUAUAGUGUACAGUAAUUUUGGAUAGUAUGCGAUACUCAUUAUCAUCAUGAAGAUUGCUCAUAUCUGUCAUUUCUAAGGAUUUGAUGUGUUUUUAAUACCUGUAUAUGAGAGGCUGCAGGUGGUUUAUUUGUAAAAACUACAUAUUUAUAUAGUGUGCCUGCUUAAAGAAAAUACCGUCCGCAUUACCUUUCGUACCUUAAAUCUUGCCCUCAAGUCGACCAAGGAGGAAGUGCCCUUAAUUUCCCAAGAAUUUGUUCAAUUUUUGUGCAUUCCAUUUAUAUCAGGUCCUUAAAAUAUCUUUAUAUUUUGACAGUUUUAUGAAAUAUCACUGUUUCAUGAUACAUGUAACUUUUACUAUGUGUGCGAGCAUUUCGAAUAAAGUAUUAUUUUGCA